AUGAUUUUAUAACCGAUCAGUGUAGUAGUUGGCAGUUCCGUCAUCAUUUGAGUAGUUCAUAUACAGUUAGGAUCAUAAAUGCAUAAACAAUGAAUUCUAUUAAUAACAACUUGUGUUGUUUUCUUUGUUUAAAAUUGUUGAGAGUAACAAACAUUGUUUAAUCUCAAACCCUACUGUUACCGGAAACAUUAUUGGUUUCUAUGUAUUAUCCAAUCUCAUUCACCUUCAUUAUCAACGAUUCAGAUCCUCAAAAACAUGACAAACAAUAGAAAAAUUGAGUACAUAGAUUAACAAUGGAGCGAAGGAUUUUGGUGGCUGUGGAUGAGAGCAAGGAAAGUAUGUUUGCACUUUACUGGUGCAUCACUAAUCUUAUUCCUGAGACUUCAAAUGUUAAACUAGUUUUACUAUAUGUCAAGCCAACUCCUGCUAUACAAUCUUUCAUUGCAACAGGGUAUGUAUUUUACAAUGAUGUUAUUUCGGAUAUGGAAAAGUAUUGCAUUGGUUUGGUUGAGUCAGUAAUGGAAAGAGUUGGAGAUAUUUGCAAGAAACUGCAUUCAACUGAUAUCAAAAUGGAGAGAGUAGUUGGAAGUGGAGAUGCCAAGGAUGUGAUAUGUAGAGCAGUUAAGAAAUUUGAGGUGGAUACUUUGGUUAUGGGAACUCAUAGUUAUGGAUUCUUUAAGAGGGCUUUAGUUGGAAGUGUUAGUGACUAUUGUGCCAUACAUGCAAAGUGUGCUGUUGUAAUUGUGAAGCAUCCAUGAAAGAAAGUGUGCUGUUUUUUAGUACUUUUUUUGUAGGUGGAUAUUGUAUUAUUUUCAGCUUCUUGGGAAAAUUGCUUUUGUUGAUUUAGUUGUAUAUGAAUAUGAAGUAGCAUCUGUCAUUGAUUAUGUUACAAGAAAAAAUAUUCAUACUUGGAAGUGGCUAAUUCCAAAAUGGAAUAGUUAAGCAUGUUCACCAAAAAUCACCAAUUUCAGAUGUUAAAAGAACAAACAACUUGUAGUAGUGGUAUUUAUGAAUUACAGACAGACUCAGACACAAGACAGAACACCGACAUUGAUACGUCACACUUAUAAUAAUUUAAAAAAUAAAUAAGUUGAUCGUAAUCAUAAAUGUCGGUGUCGUGUUUGUGUCUGACUCUGACACACAUUCCUGACAUACACUUUUUGAGAGGAAUUAGUGCUAAAGAAAAAACUACUAAUCUGUAUAUAGAAAAAGUGUCAAACAUCCCUCCAAAGAGUUACAAACUAGGUUGGCAUAUAGAGACAAGAGAGGAAAGAGAUUUAACCUAAAAAAUGACAGAAAUUCCAACUGUCUCUGUCAUAGCAUGUUGCAACUGUUUGUAGGUAUUAUCACAACCAACAACUAAUAAGAGAUUGGUAC